UACACAUUACAAAGCAUACACAUAUUGAUCAUAUUAAUUUCAUUCAAGAUCAAUGGAGAGAUUGAACAAAAUGGUGUCGGAGAAGCCCAUUGUGAUAUUUAGCAAGUCGGAAUGUUGCAUUAGUCACACCAUCAAGUCCCUCUUCUACGAUUUUGGUGUUAACCCUAUGAUAUACGAGCUUGAUGAGAUGGCGAGGGGCCAAGAGAUCGAGCAAGCACUAUCGCGGCUAGGGUGUAGCCAGACUGUGCCUGCGGUGUUCAUUGGUGGUACAUUUGUCGGUGGCGCCAACGAGAUCAUGAGCCUCCACCUCAAUAGGUCCUUGAAGCCGAUGCUCAAAAGUGCCGGCGCGUUGUGGGUGUAAUUUAUUAAUUGAUACUACCAUGGUAGUAUUAAUUAAUUUAUGAAGCCUUUUGUCAAUAUUGAAUUAUGUUGUGUGACACUAUGACUUGACCAUGAUAGUAGACGUUUAUAGGGGAGUGAGGGUUUAAUUGUGUGCUUCAGUUUUCCUAGUUAUAUAUAUAGGAGUAGUAGUAUAAAAUAAUGUGUAUACUUCAACCUUUUUGUAUUGAAGUUGCACUUUGAUAUGUAAUGCAAGUAAUUAUGAAAAUAGA